UUAUUCUUUCACCAUAUCAUACAAACAAGUCUUUUGUAAUAAAAACAGAGUCUUUUUCCUUUUCUUUUCUUUUCAAUGGCAGAUCAUAAGAAUCAACAACAAGCUUAUCCCUUGGCCCCAGCAAAUGGGAGUACAAGAAGCAAUGAAGAGACACCAAAUUCAGACACCACCAAAGAUGAGCUAAAACGAAAGAAGAGGAUCAGAUUAGCAAUCUACAUAGCCAUUUUUGCAGUGUUUCAAGCCAUUGUUAUUGGGGUUUUUGGUGCUGUUAUUAUGAGAGCUAAAAAUCCCAACUUUAGAAUAAACAAUAUCGAUCCAAUAACUUUGAACAAAGCUAAUAAUAAUGAUGGGGUUUCAUCAUUUGAUAUGAAAUUUAAUGCCCAAGUGAGAAUUCAAAAUUCCAACUUUGGGCCUUACAAGUUUGACAACACAACUUUGGUCUUUACCUACGGCGGUGGCGCCGCCGUGGGACGGGUUAAUAUUCCGAAGGGAAAGGUUGGUUUGCAGUCCAAGAAAAAGAUUAAAUUGGAAGUGAAUUUGAGCUCUUCAAAUUUGGUAAACACUUCUAUUGCUAAUAAUCUUAAUAGGGAUUUGACUGCCGGAGCUUUGACUUUCCGGUGUACGGCGGCGUUGACCGGGAAAGUUGAGCUUAUGUUUAUCAUGAAGAAGAAGAAGUCAACCAAUUUGGACUGUACUAUUGUUGUUGAUGUCAACCAAACCCAGCUCAGGUCUUUAGUAUGCAAGUGAAUAAAUGGUGUUUUGAAACUUUUUAUUAGUGAUUCUUGUGAAAUUUUUUAUUUUUAUAUAUAUAUAUAUAUAUAUUUAUAUGUAUCAUGUAGGUUUUAAGGUUGUUUCAAGUUUCGACUAUGAAAUCUUGUUUUUGUGUUUGGACUAUGAUGAAAUACAUGUUUUUGUCAACUAAUAUUACUUUUUUGUAAAACUAAAGUGAUUAACUACUAACUAUAACUAACUCUUGGAGCUCUCCUAUUUGCCUUUCAAAAGAGGGAACCUAGAGCUAGGUCUAGGUUUGGUCCACCUAGAGCAUGUUGCACUUUUAUUUUUCUAUUUAAGCAUUUAUAUAUUACAUUAUUCAAUUUGAGAAUCGAA